UUUUGUUUCAUAGUAGAAUUAUUGAUGUGGGCUCUGUCAGCGUGCUAACUAUCGUAUUUCGAGACUGACAGUUCACUCAUUUAUGUAAACUUUGUCGCAAUGAUGAUGUUUUCGGUUACUGAUAAACGUGGAGAAGUACUGUCAGUUUCAGUACGUGAUGUUCCAAAUGAAUGGUUUCUCACUGCCAUUCUUCCUUUAGGGACGCAAUUUACAAUACCAUCGGAGUUUCCAAGAUUACUGCAUUUGCAACAGCCUGCGAGUCGAAAUAAUCUAUUAGUAAACUGGACUAUUGCGUUAGUUUAAGACAAAAUUACUACAUGAGCAAGUAAGAAAAGCGAAUUACUGGACAAAGGAGGUUACAGCGACAUCGCUGCUUUGAAUUUCAGUACUUGAAGCGGGAAUGAAAUGGCCGAAUACUCGGAGUAUAUUUGCAGAACAAAUACCUUAAGCAGUCCGGCAUACCUUGGUUGUGAGGAUAAGUUAAGGCAGCCAUGUGGUAAAGGGGCAAUAAAUGCUGUACGACAAUUGAUUCUUAAAAGCCCAACCAUAGGUAGUACACGCACUGAUGAUGAAUUUCUUUUACGUUUCCUUCGUGCACGGAAAUGUAAUGUACCAGAUGCCUUUGAGCUUCUGUGCAAUUAUUGCAGCUAUAGACAACAAAACAGCAGCUUAUUUGAGAAAUUUGGACCUGCAGACACAGCUCUCCAGCAGGCUCUCCGUGAUGGGUUUCCUGGAGUAUUACCUCAAAGAGACAGGAGAGGAAGAAGAGUUCUUGUGAUUUUUGCUGCUAAUUGGGAUCCCUCGUCAUAUGAUUUGCUUACAAUAUAUAAAGCCAUUCUUUACUCUCUCGAAAAACUUAUUGAAUUGCCACGAAAUCAAGUAAGUGGCUUUAUCUUCAUUGUCGACUGGAGUGGAUUUUCAUUCAGUCAGUCAUCCAAGCUGAAUCCCCGUGUUUUAAAGCUAAUGAUAAAUGGCUUACAAGACUGCUUCCCAGCAAGAUUCAAAGGGGUUCAUUUUAUAAACCAGCCUUGGUAUGUCGAAGCCGCACUGACAGUUAUCCGUCCAUUUCUGAAAGAAAAGACAAGAGAAAAAAUAUAUCUACACGGCAACAAUAUGAGUACACUACAUGAGUGUAUAGCACGAGAUGUACUGCCAGCUGAGCUUGGAGGAGAAGGACCCUCGUACAAUCAGCUCUCAUGGGCAGACAAAGUUUUGGAGGCUGAGGACAGCAGGACAGACAAUAAUACGGUUCAGCUGACUCCUCCCUUCAAAAGGAAGGAGAAUUCUCGGUAGUUGAUGCCAGAGGAUUUGUCAGUAAAGCUUGCCAACAUUCCACAAGUGUGUGUGAUUUUUAUUAGUUGGUGGAGAUGACAAUUUUGGCUUGUAUUAUGAUGUUAUGGAAUGAUCUCACUUUAUUAAAAAUGUUGGUAUUUCAGUAUUACAACUAGUCUUAAUAAGUGUGUAUGUGGAUUUGUGAUACUGUUCGCACAAAUGAGCAACUUGUACAAAUUGUAUUUUUUUUUUAAAAUAUUUAUAAGAAAACAUAUUUUUCAUAAAAGCAUACUGUUCUUAAAAAUGUGUUUUGGAAAAAUUAUAUGGUAAAUAUGUGAGUUUGUUUUGGCAUAAAAUGUUAAGGCAAGGACAGUUUCAGUAUUCAAUACACUAAAGAGCAGCUAUCAUAUAUUUUAAAUUAGUGUUUCCUCAGUUGUGUGUCUAGUUGAUCAGAUGUAUUUUGUGAAUAAAUUUUAACUAUUUAAAAGGUUGUUGACAGUGAGUUUCAUACUUUGACAAAAAAAUGUGCUAGACUUCACGGAUUGCAAUAUUUUAGAUAUGAUUUAGGGUUUCUAGAGUUGUGUGAUUUAAAUUAUGGUAUUAAUGAAAAAUAUUAUAAAGACUUGAAAAAUCCAUGACUAAAGAUGGGGUUGUGGGACAAAUGUGGGAUUAUCUCUUGUUACCACUUUUCAUUGGGAGGCUGAGGUCAAGGACCAGACAGUAGUAGUUGAUCUUAACGGUAUCAGAGGGGAUUAAGAUGUUAGAGAUAUGACAGAGAAGAAAAAAAAAACUAAAUCUUUUAUGUAUGAAAAUACAGAAAACAAACAGCCUGUUGGUGCUAAUCAACAAAAAAAUGGUUAUGUGACAGUCCAUUGUCUGCCAGCCCAACAAGGUUGUAUACAAUUUCUGUAAAUUGUAUAUGAAUUCCAUCGAAUUUAUAUGAUUGUCACCAAUAUUCAUGUUUCUACACAGAACUUAGUAAGGUAUUUGUAAAAUCCU